UGAAUCAGUAAAAAAAAAAAAAAAAUGAAUUUGAUGCAUUUUAUUUAUUUAUUUAUUAUAUUCUAAUCCAUUGUGGAGAAGAAGAGUGUGGUGGGAGAUCUCAGAUAUACUCUGCUGUGUGCUUUUCAGUGCUUGGAAACGGUAGCAGGGGAAGUUCGGUGGGGUCCAACCGAAGAUUCUGUCUCUUAGGGUUGUUCAUAUCCAUAUAUAUAUAUAUAUAUGUAUAACUCUCUUACUCUAGAAAAUUUCUUCGGUUUUAAGCAUAGAAAAAUUUGGCUACUAUUUCGGAUGAGUGUCUUCUUGUCCGAAGUGAUUGAUUUUGUAGUAAAAAAUAUCGGAAUUGUGUUUGUUUUUCAGAGGAUUUGGAAUUGAGCUCACUCUCUUCUCCAUAACCAUCCUCAAUUUUGGCUCAUAGUUCACUGGCUUGAAUUUUGCUGUCGAGUUCGAGUUUGGAAUUACUUCACUUCUAGAUUGAGUUUCCAGGUUCCCUAAUUGGUGAUUAGUGAUUACUUUCCUUGUGAGUGGCAAAUGACCCAUUCACUAUGAGUGGGCUUGGUUGGGAUCGAUUUCGAUGGGCACUCCAGAUAAGAAAUUGUCUGAGUUAGUUGACAUAGUGAGGUCCUGGAUCCCUCGGAAGUCUGAGCCGGCGAAUGUGUCCAGGGAUUUUUGGAUGCCCGAUCAGAGUUGCCGGGUAUGCUACGAGUGUGAUUCACAGUUCACUGUAUUUAAUCGUAGACAUCACUGUCGACUUUGUGGCCGAGUUUUCUGUGCCAAGUGUACAGCAAACUCUAUUCCUGCCCUCUCCAAUGAGCCCAGGAGUCCCAGGACUGGCCGGGAAGAUGGUGAGAGAAUCAGGGUCUGUAGUUAUUGCUACAAACAAUGGGAGCAGGGGAUAUCAGUGGGUGAUAAUGGGACUGGUGCACCCAGCCCUGGCCUUAGUCCAUCACCAUCUGCAGUGAGCUUGGCCAGCACCAAGUCCAGUUGCACCGGCCAAAGUAGCGGUAGCACUGCUGGUUCAACACCUUAUUCAACUGGUCCUUACCAACAUGUACCAUGUGGUUCCAGCCUUAGCCCUCGUCAAUCUUCACAAAUGGAUUCAGUGACGGAGCAGGAAAAGAAUGAAGCAUCUCAGAGGAGCACAAAUCUUAACACAGUUAUGGAAGAUUCAUUGCCCAAGCAAUACAGCUUUUGCAGUAACAGGAGUGAUGAGGAAGAUGAAUACGGCGCUUAUCAUUCAGAUUCAGAAACAAGACAUUUCUCUUCUGUUGAUGGCUACUAUACUGCUGUUGGUAUUGAUGACAUUGACCAGGUUUAUGGUUCACAUGACUUGCAUUCAGACGAAGAAAAUGUUGAUGUUACAACUCUGGCCUACUCACCUUUCCCUGAGCAUUAUAAUGCAGAAGGUGUUGCAGAAACAAGAGUGGGGGAGGAAGCUGAUCAACACAAAAAGAGUGAAGAACAUGAAUCUCCUUCAUAUGACGAGGAGAAGAAAAAUGCUGAGCCUGUAGACUUUGAGAACAAUGGGCUGCUUUGGCUCCCUCCAGAGCCUGAGGAUGAAGAAGAUGACAGAGAAGCUGUCUUAUUUGAUGAUGAUGAUGAGGAGGAAGAGGGUGGUGUUACAGGAGAGUGGGGAUACUUGCGCUCUUCAAACAGUUUUGGUGGUGGCGAGUAUCGAAGUAGGGAGAAGUCAGGUGAGGAGCACAGAAAUGCCAUGAAGAAUGUGGUAGAGGGGCAUUUUAAAGCUUUGGUAGCUCAGCUUUUGCAGGUUGAAAACCUGCCUGUAGGUGAUGACGAUGACAAAGAAGGCUGGUUGGAGAUAAUUACAUCAUUGUCAUGGGAAGCUGCCACCCUUCUCAAGCCAGAUAUGAGCAAAGGUGGAGGAAUGGAUCCUGGAGGAUAUGUGAAGGUUAAAUGCAUAGCUUGCGGAUGUCGCAGUGAGAGUAUGGUGGUUAAAGGAGUUGUUUGUAAGAAAAAUGUGGCUCAUCGGCGAAUGACAACUAGGAUAGAGAAACCACGUUUUCUUAUACUCGGAGGAGCUUUGGAAUAUCAACGUGUUUCUAACCUCUUGUCCAGUUUUGAUACUUUGUUGCAGCAGGAAAUGGACCACUUGAAGAUGGCAGUUGCUAAGAUUGAUGCUCAUCAUCCUGAUGUUCUUUUGGUAGAGAAGUCAGUAUCACGUUAUGCUCAAGACUAUCUCCUUGCCAAAAAUAUAUCACUUGUUCUGAAUAUCAAGAGGCCACUUUUAGAGCGUAUAGCCCGAUGCACAGGGGCACAAAUAGUCUCUUCCAUUGAUCAUCUCACAUCACCAAAACUGGGUUAUUGUGAUGUGUUCCACGUAGACAAACUACUUGAAGCCCACGGGAGUGCCGGCCAAGGUGGGAGGAAGCUAACGAAGACUUUAAUGUUCUUUGAAGGAUGCCCUAAACCACUGGGCUGUACGAUUCUACUUAAAGGUGCCAGUGGCGAUGAGUUAAAGAAGGUGAAACACGUUGUUCAAUAUGGAGUUUUUGCAGCUUAUCACUUGGCACUUGAGACAUCUUUUCUGGCUGAUGAAGGUGCUUCACUUCCGGAGUUCCCUCUGAGAUCUCCAAUUACUGUUGCAUUACCUGAUAAACCAUCAGGUAUUGAUAGGUCCAUUUCUACAGUAGCCGGUUUUAGAGCUCCAACAACUAGAAAAUUUUUGGGUCCUGAAGCAGUAAAUGAGAUAGAGAAAUUAAAAGAAGGCGUCCUUGUAGAUGGGAAUUUAUCUACCAACCAUGACCCAGUUUUGAAACUGGAAGCAGAUAAUUCCUCUUGCUUUGUAGCUCCUCCGUAUUCCCCAUACUCUGUAGUAUCUCCUACAUCAUUGCCUCCUUUGGGACAUGAUAGUUCGACUUGGUCUCAUGAUAAACUUUUUUCAAUUGAGAUCUCUAAGGAUGCUAAUAGUUUGGGUCCUGAAUUACAGGCCAAAACAACCAUCUACGAGAAAUCUUUAGGGGAUUCUAGUUUGGUUUCUAAUUAUGUUGGUGAUUCUGAAUCAUUUGAAGAAGUUAAUGGCACCAAGCAUGCAGAUGAAAACACAUCAAUUGCAAAUCACCAAGGUACUCUUGAGGAGGCAUCCAUACACCAAUUUGGUAUUGAUAUAAAUGAGGUAGGAUCUUCGAAGGAAGACUUUCCCCCGUCACCUUCAGACCAUCAAAGCAUUUUGGUAUCCUUAUCAACACGUUGUGUGUGGAAUGGAUCUGUGUGUGAACGAGCCCAUCUUUUUCGAAUUAAAUACUAUGGUAACUUUGAUAAACCAUUGGGGCGUUUUUUACGUGACCACUUGUUUGAUCAGUGUCGCUCAUGUGGUAUGCCAUCAGAAGCACAUGUUUAUUGUUAUACUCAUAGACAAGGGAGCCUUACGAUAUCUGUUAAGAAAUUCCCGGAAUUCCUCCUACCUGGGGAAAAGGAAGGUAAAAUCUGGAUGUGGCACCGAUGCUUGAGGUGUCCUCGAAUCAAUGGAUUUCCUCCAGCUACCCGCAGAGUAUUAAUGUCAGACGCUGCAUGGGGUUUAUCUUUUGGAAAAUUUCUGGAGCUGAGCUUUUCAAAUCAUGCAGCAGCCAGCAGAGUUGCUAGCUGUGGCCAUUCCCUUCACAGAGAUUGUCUCCGAUUUUAUGGUUUUGGGACAAUGGUUGCUUGCUUUCGGUAUGCAUCAAUCGAUGUUCUUUCCGUUUUUCUUCCACCCCCAAAACUUGAGUUUUACUAUGCUGAUCAGGAGUGGAUUCAAAAAGAAGCAAAUGAGGUGCGGAAGCAGGUAGACCUCCUAUUUAAUGAAGUGCAGAAUGCUUUUCAUCAGGUUUUACAGAAGAUCUCAGCCAUGGGAGUACAGGAUGCCAGCAUGAGAGAAUCAAAACAGCAAAUUCCUGAACUGGGUGAAAUGCUACGAAAGGAUAAAGAACAAUUUCAGGAAUUACUAGAUAAGGCAUUGUACAAUGAAGUAAAAGCUGGCAAACCUGCAAUUGAUAUACUAGAAAUCAAUAAAUUGCGGAGACAGAUACUCCUCAAUUCUCAUGCUUGGGAUCAACGUUUGACAAAUGCAGCCAAUUUGAGUAAAAAUAGUCUUCAGCUAGGUUCCAUUCCAAAACUCAAGGAGAAUUCUUUCAGUUCAUUGGCGAAGGUUACUGAGACGAAUGUAACUGCAAAGUCAGUCAAAGACUUUAGUACCUGUGAUUCCUCUCUUUUGGAAACAAAGUAUGAUGUAAAGCUUAAUGAUCAAGGGAGUUCUGUACCAAUUUGUGAGCAGGGUGCUGGUGCCCAGAACAGUAAUGAAAUUGUAUUGGCCCAAAGUUAUAGAAGUGAGGAGGAGGCUUGUCUUUCUUCUUGUGCAGAUACCAAUGAUCACUCUGAAUUGGAAACUGGAAAGCAAGUUAGGAGGACCCAUUCGGCUGGUGAAAAUCCAGUUGUGGCAGAUCUAUCUGAUACUCUUGAUGCUGCAUGGACUGGUGAAUAUCCAACUAGUGUAGCGCCAAAAGACGAUACCUCUUCUUCUCCUUCUGAUUCAACUUUGGUAAAAACAGUGUCGGAAAAUCCAAAACUAGAAAAUUCCACAUUUGACCAAGGUAAGGUUGAGGCAAUUCGUUCUGUUAGUUCUGCUGUAUCUUUGAAAGGGCUUGAAAAUGUAGAGCACUCCACAAGCAAGAAUUUAUCAUCGGGUUCUCAAAAGCAUAGCAGUGGUGAAUACCAUCCUGUCCACAUUUCACUGGUUCGAGAAUUGGAACAGCAAAGUGGUGCAAGGUUUCUUCUGACUGUUGGUGUUGGAGGAAUUGUUCUCCCUGUUUAUGAUGAUGAACCCACUAGUAUUGUAGCGCACACACUUAUUUCAUCAGAGUAUAUUUCCAAGAUGUCUGAAUCUGAGAAGCUUAAAGAUGUUGGAGAUAAUUCAGUCUCUGUACCACUUUUUGAUUCACUUAACCUGUUAUCACUUAACUCUUUUGAUGAGUCGAUUGGUGAGAGCUACAGAAGUUUUGGUUCUAGUGAUGAAAGCAUCUUAUCCACAUCUGGGUCACGUAGCUCUCAGGUUGUGGACCCAAUGCUUUAUUCAAAGGACUUGCAUAUUAGAAUCUCUUUUACAGAUCAUGGCUCCCUUGGGACAGUGAAGUAUACAGUUACUUGUUACUAUGCAAAACGCUUUGAGGCGUUAAGGAGGAUAUGUUGCCCUUCUGAAAUUGACUUUGUGCGUUCUCUUAGUCGCUGUAAGAAGUGGGGUGCCCAAGGUGGCAAAAGCAAUGUUUUCUUUGCAAAGACAUUGGAUGAUCGAUUUAUUAUAAAGCAGGUUACAAAGACUGAGCUCGAUUCUUUUCUCAAGUUUGGACCAGCAUAUUUCAAGUAUUUGUCGGAGUCAAUUAACACUGGAAGUCCAACUUGUUUGGCAAAGAUUCUUGGCAUAUAUCAGGUUUCAUCAAAGCAUGUCAAAGGAGGGAAAGAAUCUAAGAUGGAUGUUUUGGUAAUGGAAAAUCUUUUAUUUAGACGCAAUGUUACAAGACUAUAUGACCUUAAAGGGUCUUCGAGGUCGCGCUAUAAUGCAGACACAAGUGGGAGCAAUAAAGUGCUGUUGGAUCAGAAUCUAAUUGAAGCAAUGCCAACUUCGCCUAUUUUUGUGGGGAAUAAGGCUAAGCGACUGCUAGAGAGAGCAGUCUGGAAUGACACUUCAUUCCUCGCAUCAAUUGAUGUAAUGGACUACUCGUUAUUAGUUGGCGUGGAUGAGGAAAAGCAUGAGCUGGUUCUGGGGAUCAUUGAUUUUAUGAGGCAAUAUACAUGGGACAAGCACCUUGAAACUUGGGUGAAAACCUCAGGAUUCCUUGGUGGACCUAGGAACACAUCUCCUACUGUGAUUUCACCUCAGCAGUACAAGAAGCGAUUCAGGAAAGCUAUGACAACUUAUUUUCUCAUGGUGCCAGAUCAGUGGUCCCCCCCAACAAUUAUUCCAAGUGAAUCUCAGUCUGAUCUUCGUGAUGAAAAUGCACAAGGACCUUAGAUUGAUAAAAGGAGUUCUUUUGCCUGUACAUGGUGUAAGUUGUAACUUAUUUUCCUUCUACUUGAAUGAGUUUUCUUUAUUUUUUUACCUUAAUUAAAAAUCAAUUUCCUUAUCAGUUUUCAUUUUUUUACCAUGUAGUUUUCUUGUGUCACAUUUGUAAAUCAAUAUACCUUUUUCCCCGUCAUAGAAAGGCAGGAACUACAAAGAAAUUAUAAGUAGAAAACAGUGCUGGAUGGCAUCUAUCCUGAGUAAAUGCACCAUUUAAAUUUUGGUUUGAGGAAUAGUUUUUUUCUUCCCUGUCUUGUUACUCCUGUACUUUCUCAUUAGUAACUUUUUAAUGUGCUAUGGCUGGUUUCUUGUGCA